ACAUUUUCGAGACCCAGCAAGCCCUCUCGGCCGGCCUCACCCUCGCAGCGCGCCACCAAUUCCGAGCGCUCGCUCCAGGCUAAGGUUUCCGGCGGCGAUGGCGGGCAAGGGAGGUAAGGGUCUCCUUGCGGCGAAGACGGCGGCGGCCAAGAGCACCGACAAGGACAAGGACAAGAAGAAGGCUCCCGUCUCCCGCUCCUCCCGCGCCGGGCUCCAGUUCCCGGUGGGCCGCAUCCACCGCCAGCUCAAGUCCCGCGCCUCCGCCCACGGCCGCGUCGGCGCGACCGCCGCCGUUUACUCCGCCGCCAUCCUGGAGUACCUGACCGCCGAGGUCCUGGAGCUGGCCGGCAACGCCAGCAAGGACCUCAAGGUGAAGCGCAUCACGCCGCGCCACCUCCAGCUCGCCAUCCGCGGGGACGAGGAGCUCGACACCCUGAUAAAGGGCACCAUCGCCGGCGGGGGCGUCAUCCCGCACAUCCACAAGUCGCUCAUCAACAAGACCGCCAAGGAGUGAAGGGGCAGAGCGACCGGCCGCCUGUGGAUCUGUGUUCUUGCCCGUGCCUGCUCCUGGCGAUGCAGUCCGUGCGGUUUGCCGUCUGUUCUCGCGUCGUGUUAAUUUAAGUGUCUCUGCCGUCAGAGUGCUGGUAAACUAAUACGGUUUGCCAGUGCGUUUUAUGUUCUCUGGUUGUUAAAACUCUCCUGUACCUGUAUGCCUAAGUAUCUGAAGCUAUGAGUCGUUAUGGUGCUUGCUAUUCGGUCUUGUUUUGUGCA